AUGCCGAACCUAUAUUCCAAUAUACUAUCAUUUUUACUUCCUCUACUAUUAUUACUACCUAAUACUGUAUUAGGUUUAGGAUUUACAAUCCCACCUAUAAAGGAAGGUGAUGUUUCCAAAUAUUCUUCAAAACAAUAUUUAUUUAAUUGUGUAAGUUAUCCAACCAUUAAAGAUGAUAUAUUACUCGUUAGAAUUAAACUGGGUGAUAAAUUAGCAUCUCAAAAAUUAAAUCUUAACAUCUUUGAUGAUGAUAAUAAUCGUUUAAGAUCUCAACUUGAUAUUUCAAACGAUAUAAGUUUAAUGUUCACUAAUUUAAAUAAUCCUAUAAAAAUAUCACAAGAUCUUAGUGGUGAUAAUCAAGAUCAUUUAUCAUUUCAAGAUUCAGCAAAUCAAGUUAUUGAACAAAUAAAACGUUCAUCAAAUCGUUUAUUUGGACAUGAAGAUGAAGAACAUGUCAGUAAUGAAAAGCGUGAUGAAAAUUUUAAUAAAGAUUUCGAUAGAGCUAAAGCUGAUGAAUUAAUAAAUAAUUCUCAAGGUAAAUCCCUUAUUUAUAUAUGUUUUGAUAAUUUAUAUGCUGAUAAAUCUUGGUCAUUUGUUGCUAAACCUCGAGAUGUUGAAUUAUUUGUGGAUAUUAAAAACAUGACUACCAUUAAACAAACAAAUUAUAACAAUUUUGUUCAAUACUUCCGUCGUUUUAAAGAACAAGAAUCUAAACGUGAACAAGGAUCUGAUGAUGACGGAGCCAAAGAACCUUCACAAUCCCAAUCAUCAAAAUCAGUCAAAGACAAGCCAUUUACUCAAGAAGAUUUUGAAAAUGAAAUCCAAUAUCUCAAGACCGAAUUAGACUCAAUUGUAGGAAAUUUGGAUAAUUCAGAAAUAAUUCUUCAAAGUCUUAUGGAACAAGAAUUUAAAUUACGUGAUGUAAAUGAAGAAAUCUUCUCCGAUUAUACUAAAAACUCGAUCAUUUUAAUAACUUGUAUAAUAUGUUUUGGAAUUGUUCAAACCAUUUAUUUCAAGUGCUAUUUAAGAAGAAAGAAGGUUCUUCUGUAUUAA